CCAUGGAGACCGCGCGAGAGCUAGGCAACCCUGCAGAGUUUUCACAGCGUUUCCGCUAACCUAAAAUAAAGAGCUAGCGAGCCGGGGACGAGGAGUGACGGAGCGGGACUGGCGGAGCUCGACGACGGAAACACAAAAUUUAAUCAGAAAAUUUCGCCUAUUUUGGGUGUCGCCUCUCGAGCUGCCGUGAAUGCCUCGAAUGUGAACCGGACCGACUGAGGAGAGUUCGCCGCUGGUAACCUUUACGUUGGUUAAGCCGUAGAGGACUCUCCCUGGUUGUGGAAGGGAAAAGAUGUGCGAUGGAAUGGUAGCGUUUCCGACGAGAGCCCUGUCCUCCGCCCCCUCCUCUGUGGCCCACAGGCUGGCAGCCUCCGCGCUUCUCCUCCUCUUCCUCCUGCUCCCUCAUGGUCAUGCAUCAGGUUGUGCGCAGCCACUUGGCGUGCAGCAUGGAUACCUGCUCAACCAGACCGAAUCCAACCGCGGCUCUUUUCCUUCUGGCUACCGUCUGAAAUACGUCUGCGACCAAGGAUACACGGCAGAUGGAGCGACCACCAUCAUCUGUAAAGGUUCUGGAAGCUGGUCCAAACCUCCCAGCUGCAUCAACACGUGUUCUCCACCCACCCAGCCAGAGAACGGGGGCUACCGGUGUCACCCCUCCCCCUGCCAGCGUCUGGUCGACGGGACCGUCAUCGAGUACUUUUGCGACGAGGGUUACGCUCUGAAGGGAGACUCCAAGUUUCUCACUUGUGAGAACGGCGAGUGGGUCCGCCCCAUGCAGAUCAGCUGCAGACUGACCCAAGAUAAGGAACCGAGCUCCCAGUUGGGAAUCCCAGCUCUGUCUAUCGUGGCGUCCACGGCCAGCCCCGUGGCCCUCAUUCUGCUCCUGGUGGUGCUGUUUGUUCUAGUUCAGCCAAAGCUCAAGUCCUUCCAUCACAACAGGAGGGAGCAGGGCGUCUCGGGCCAGUCCAGCUCCAUCAUGGUGGAGGGCGUCCAGGUGACCCUGCCUUCCUAUGAAGAGGCUGUCUAUGGUAGCAGUGGCCCCAGCAAUGCAUCUGGUCCUUCACCUUCUCCACCGCCCCCCGCAGCUCCCCCAGAGUCACGAGUCCCCAUCGUUUUUUCUGAAGGGCUUCCUCAGGGCGCUGCCGGAGGCCAAAGCUCCAGCAGAUCUCGCCACCACACAGACUUAGACUUCUGUCUCCCUUCAACCUCCUCAUCAUCCUUCUCCCACCGUCACGCAGAGGCAGUGCUGGUUCAUCAGGCACCCUCCUCCUCUUCCUCCUCAUCGUCAUCCUGGGCUAGAGAGCACCCUGGGGGUGCUUGUGCUCGCCCCCUACCUCUCCGCAGAGACUCUGAAAGCAGCGACCAGCACAGUCUGCUUUCUGUCACCUCUACGGAUGACUUCUCCGAUGACAUCCCCCUGCUGAAGGAAGCAUGAAGCCUCCUGGUCCGUUAUCAGCCUCAGCAGCAACUCCUUCUCCUAAUCUGUUGCUGCUGGCUCCAACGACCGAUUGUCGACCUGCUUCCACUCUUCAGCAGCCAACAGAGAAGUGACCGGAACAAUGUCCGUUCUCCCAUAUGCCCCCUCGUCCCUCAUUAGCAACGCAGAGCGAAGCCAACUACCGACAUCAGUACUGCAACACAAGCAACGAUGGAGCCCCACAGGACCCCGCUACUGAAGACGAGCCCGACAAACACCACCAAGUGGACGUGAACCUGAGUCAUCAGAUACAACCUGAGUCAGGCUUAGGUUUUAGCGUGAUCUUGCCUCUAACCCAGUGUACAAACCUUACGACACUGCUCACAGGAAGUUAUCAUGGCUGUACGGGAUUACUGAUGUUCAGCUCCUGAUGCCGCGGCGCUCAGAAUCGUCUUCCCGCUGUACUUGAAUAAAAAAGUGCGAGUUACGGCUGCGUUUUGGCGGCCGUCUUUGAGAAUGCUGCAUGUGUUUUUUAUUUUUGUUAUCGCUGUCGCCACACACUCUGAGCGAAGCAUGAAGCCUCUUCUGUCUCUUUGUAACUCUGUGUGUCCUGUCAGCGUCUGGCAAACGGAUUAGCGCGAGCGACAGCCGUGUCAUCAAAGCUAAAAGUGGCACGGCGUUUCAUCAGGCACCACAUCACGACUAUAAAAAGACCCGCUUUUUAUUUCCUGCUGCAGCUCCUGGGUUGAUUGAGGGGGGGACCGGCUUGUUCAUUCAUUCAUCUGCUCCUCAGAGGAAGUCACUCACGCCCUUCUUCAUGCUGAAAUAAAGACUAGUGUUUUGAAUUGUGAGCCCGAGCUGCAACUGGUUGCAGUGAAAAAAGAACAGAUUUUAUUUGUUUUGUUUUGUUUUGUUUAAUAGCACCAAAGCCCCCUUCACACACACACUCGCUCCUCUAAUACCAAGUGCAAAUGUAAGACGGAGUUGUGUUUUCUGUCUUGUUUUCAUAGCCACUUAAAAAGCUUUGGUGUUUGAGCUGGUCACCGUGGAAACAGCAAGACUCUGAGAAUAACUUUUCAUGCUCAAAUGCUUUGAAAGAAUUAAAAACAACAACAAUCUGAAGCGUCUGAAUGUCCGUUCUCGGGUAUUUGGUUGGUUCUUUGCUAACAGCUACAUUAUUCAAGCAGACAAGAUGUUGCCUUAGACUUUUCUUUUCCUUCAUGUGUAAUCUGAAGUCUCCAAAUUGGUUAUUUUACAGUAUUGCAAUGUGUUGUUAUCCUGAUGGCCUUACUCUAUUCUUUUUCUAUUCUAUGCAUAAGCUGUCUGUUUAUCAACGAGUUUACUUUUGUUGUGGGCACAACUAAACGAAUGUCCGUCCCUCUCUGUCCUCCCCUAGCUUUCCCAGCUGUUGCGAUGAUGAUGAUGAUGAUGAGCCUACAAGCACCUGUAUUUCAUUACUUCUUGACUUUUUAUUUUGCUACGUGGCAUUUUAUUACAGUGGGGUUGAAAAGAAACAAAAAGACUCAGAAGCACUGUUGUACGGUGUUUAUUUCCCCAAAAAUAACAGGUAAAAGUACUCGUACUGAUUUUUAAUUUCUAUGCUUUAAGCUUUUGGUUUCUCCUCUGUACAUGGCGGUGGGUGUGAAAAUAGUAAUUUAAUAUUUGUAUAAAGUUUAAUUUAAUUUUACAGUGUGUAUAUAACUUUCUAAUUAAAGCUUUCUUUUAAAUGUG